CUGAGCGUUUUUUUUAGUUUUCUUCGGCCGGCUACCCCGUCAGCUGGAUGGCUGGUUUCCUGUAAGGAUCCUUCUACUCUUUAUACGCCACUUCACUACGCCGCUCUUCAUGGACAUCAUCAUAUUUGCAAGAUCCUCAUCGAAUCCGAUCGGCUACUACCAUCGGCACGAGACAAACGAGGAUGUGUGCCAUUACAUUUGGGCGCCUGGAAUGGUCAUUUUGAAACUGCAAAGCUAUUAGCAGAAUCAGAUCCAGAUAGUGUUGAUGCAGUGAAUAACGCCCAAGAGUCUUCCCUACAUUUGGCCGCUCAGCAUGGUCACGACAAACUGGUUCGAGUCCUUCUUGAGCACCAUGCCGAUCCACGAAUUCGGAACGCUCGCUUCGAAACACCGUUGGAUGUGGCCGCACGAACGGGACACGCCGUUGUUUGCAAAAUUCUUAUUGGAUUUUGUCCUGAAUUGGCUUUACAGUCAGCAGUAGAUUGCUCGUCAACCGGUGAAAAUGGUCGGGUUCGCGCACAAGUGGUCUAUCCUCUUCAUGCUGCCGCUAGGCAUUCGCAUAUCCAGUGCCUACAGAUUUUACGAUUGGGUGGGUUUGAUAUUGAUUUUGUGACUGAUGAAGGAUCAGCCCUUCAUGUCGCUGCGAUGUUUGGACAAGUAGAUGCUGUUAAAUAUUUAACUGAUGAAGGAAUCAACCCUCAUAUGCGUGAUAGUAAAGGCAGAACCGCGUUGGAAGUUCUACGUGAGCAGGAGCAACAUCGUACGUCCGACUUGACUUAUAUUAUCCAGAGCCGAGAAGGAUGGAGUGAUUGCAGGAAAAUCAUCGAAGGGUACAUCCAACGACUUGAAUCCGAUCAUUUCAAUUCCUCAAGCGAUUCGGGUAUCGAUCGACGAGAUUCGGAGCGAAGUGCAAUCGAUGACGAUGGCAGCGGCGACAUUUGGCGACCUCUUCCACAUAACUCAAACGGUAAGACUGAAGAGUGUGUAGCGUUACAUUCGAUUUUUGAAUGGACACAUUACCCUCUCAAAGUGCGCACCACUUGCGCACUUUGA